GAGAAUAAUAUUCCGCAACUCUCCGAGGCCCAAAUUUGCGGGCGGCGAAUAGGUUGGACUCCCUAAAUUGACAGGCACCCUACGAUCGUCAGAUCUCCACGAGAAUGCUGUCAGGCGAAGAGGUUGCAAAGCACACGAGCGAUGAGGACCUUUGGGUCAUCGUACACGGCGAGGCCUUCAAUGUCAGCUCUUUCCUGGCAGAGCAUCCAGGCGGCCCAGCAAUCAUCCGGAAAUAUGCCGGCAAGGAUGCGACAGCUGCCUACGAGCCUAUACAUCCGCCAAAUGCUAUCAAUGACUUUUUGCCUAAAGAACAUCACUUGGGAAAGGUGGAUAUGUCAACGGUCGUCGUAGAAGCCAAAGAAGAGACCGAAGAGGACCGCGCGCGACAGAAGCGGGCCGAAGAGAAGCCAGCGCUCGACGAGCUGCUUAACCUGUUCGACUUUGAAGCAGUUGCAAAAGGCAUCAUGACACCGCAGGCUUGGGCAUACUACUCAUCCGGCGCAGAUGAUGAGAUCACUAUGCGAGAGAAUCAUUCGGCUUAUCAGCGCAUCUGGUUCAGACCCCGCAUCUUACGCGAUGUGACCAAUAUCGACCACUCGACGACGAUGCUUGGCACGAAAUGCUCGCUGCCUAUCUACAUUACUGCGACAGCGCUCGGCAAGCUUGGCCAUCCCGAUGGGGAGCUCAACUUGACUCGCGCUGCUGCGCGUCAGGAUGUCAUCCAAAUGAUACCAACACUUGCAUCUUGCUCUUUCGAUGAGAUCGUCGAUGAGGCGCAGCCUGGUCAGACACAGUGGAUGCAGCUCUAUGUCAAUAAGGAUCGUGCGAUCACCGAAAAGAUCAUCCGUCGGGCAGAAGACAGAGGCAUCAAGGGCCUCUUCAUCACCGUUGACGCACCACAGCUUGGCAGACGUGAGAAGGACAUGCGCAUGAAGUUUGCGGAUGAAGGCUCCAAUGUCCAAAAGGGAGAUGGCACCGUAGACAAAUCUCAGGGCGCAGCGAGAGCUAUCAGCUCCUUCAUCGACCCUGGUCUUUGCUGGGAUGAUAUCGCUUGGCUCAAGGGAGUCACACGCAUGCCACUCGUGCUCAAAGGUGUGCAGACCUGGGAGGACGCGGUGCUGGCAGCAGAGGCAGGUUUGGCAGGCGUUGUCUUGUCGAACCACGGUGGACGUCAGCUCGACUUUGCAAGGAGUGGUAUCGAAGUACUCGAGGAAGUCAUGACAGAGCUUCGCAAGCGCAAUCUGGUGAAGCCGACUUUCGAAGUCUACAUAGAUGGCGGUGUCAGGCGAGCAAGCGAUGUACUCAAGGCAGUCGCACUCGGCGCAAAGGGUGUCGGUAUCGGUCGUCCCUUCCUAUAUGCGUACAGUGCCUACGGACCUGAUGGCGUCGUCAAGGCGAUCCAGAUUCUCAAGGAUGAGAUGACCAUGAACAUGCGACUGCUCGGAUCACCAAGCAUAUCAGAUGUCACGCGCGACAUGGUCGAUGUAUCUGCCCUGCAAUCUCAUUCUGGCAAUGUACCCAUGGACGAGCUUUUCAAAAGAAGCUAUGAGCCCUUGCCAAAUGUCAUGUCGAAAUCGAAGCUCUAAUCUCACGCAAAACUUCACGCAGUCUGUACGAUCAUCUAUGCAGUCUAUGUGCUUGCUUGCGCACUUGGCUGUGUCAGAGGAGGGGUUUGGACAUCGUCCAUCGACUGCUGCGAAUGCCACAUAUCCUGGUAAACGCCAUUCUGCUGCAUGAGAUCUUGGUGGUUGCCCUGCUCGACUACCU